AUGAUCUGGGACGCAUCGGCUACGGUUGACGGAAUAUCAUUGAAUACCAUGUUACUCAAGGGACCUGAUGAACUGAUUCCACUUCCUUGGAUCCUUUUUCGCUUCCGCCAAUAUCCUGUUGCCGUUACGGCGGACAUUACUGAGAUGUUUCAUCAAAUUUUGAUCGAUUCCGAUGAUCAACAAGCUCAACGCUUUCUAUGGAGAUCUGAUCCUCAAAGACCUCCCGAGAUUUACGUAAUGAACGUAGCUACGUUUGGGGCGACAUGCUCACCGGCCGCAGCCCAGUUCGUCAAGAAUAAAAAUGCCAGAGAAUUUGUCGAUGCCUAUCCCAGAGCUGUUGAAGGUAUCACGGAAGGACAUUAUGUGGAUGACUACGCAGACAGUUUUGAAACAAUCGAAGAGGCAGCAAGAGUAUCUUCGGAAAUCCGGAUGAUUCACGCAGCAGGAGGUUUUAAUAUUCGAGGUUGGAGGUCUAAUGACCCAAAUGUACUAGUGGAUCUGGGCGACGAUACGUCUCAAAAACCCAAAACUCUAGAUCUUGAAUCGCGGAGCUACGAGCGCGUUCUAGGAAUGCAUUGGUUACCUGCAGAAGAUGUCUUGGGAUAUUCUACCGCACUUCCACAAGAACUCCACGACAUCAUUACGCAAAAAAAUCGACCAACAAAACGUCAAGUUUUGCGUUGCCUUAUGAGUUUUUUCGAUCCACUCGGUUUGUUGGCAGCAUUUAUUCUACAUGGGAAAGUGCUGCUUCAGGACAUUUGGCGCUCAGGCAUCGAAUGGGACGAGGUGAUUGUCGGUGAGGCUUUCGAGAAGUGGCAACGGUGGACCGCACAAUUCGAACACGUAUCCAAACUUCAGAUCCCACGUUGUUAUUUCGACAGAGUGACCAGAACCCACUAUAAACAUUUGGAGCUACACAUCUUCGUGGAUGCCAGCGAGGAUGCCUACGCGGCAGCUGGUUAUUUCCGUAUUCCAAUCAGUCCCGGCGUGUUCGAAUGUACUCUUGUAGCGGCUAAAACUAAGGUCGCUCCGUUGAAACACAUAUCCAUCCCGCGAUUAGAGCUGCAAGCUGCUGUAACUGGAGCGCGGUUACGGAAGUUUAUAACAGAUGGUCAUCCAGUCGUAGCACAACGUGUUGUGUUUUGGUCGGAUUCCAGUACGGUUCUGGCGUGGAUUCGAUCAGAUCAUCGUAGAUUCUCACAAUUUGUGGCAUGUCGUGUAGGAGAAAUUUUGUCAUCGACAAACGUAUCAGAAUGGCGAUGGGUACCAUCCCGAUUCAACGUUGCUGACCACGCUACCAAGUGGGGACAAGGACCUCCACUACAGUCGAAUGAUAGCUGGUUUAAAGGACCGACAUUUCUGUGGGGCCCAGAAGAGAGCUGGCCUCAACCGAAGACCUUGAAAACUACUACUGAGGAACUUAGAGUUUCGUGUGUGCAUUCUGCAGUUGUUGCUAUGGAGUCCAUAGUUACCUUUACUAACUUUUCUAAAUGGGAACGCCUAAUACGGACAAUAGCAUACGUUUACCGGUUUUGUAAUUAUUAUGUGCGGUUAUUCGAAAAAAGAUACAGCGGAUUCCUUAGCCAAGAAGAGCUCGGCGCAGCAGAGAAUGCUAUUUUUCGCCUAUGCCAACGACAAUCGUUCUUAGAAGAGUUCGAAAUUUUAAAACGCAACCAGAAAAUAUCAGUACAAACCAAGAUCGCCAUACCUAAGAAAAGCUUACUCUAUAAACAAUCUCCAUACUUGGACGAGAACGACGUGAUACGGGCAGAUAGCAGAGUCGGAACAGCGAAGAACUUGGCAAUAAAUCUGAAGUUUCCCGUGUUCGGAUGA